UCCUUUCGCUCUUAUUUCAAUGCGGGUGCACAUGUUCCGGUGUUGUGCAGCGUUUUAACGUGCGCGUUUCACAGCAUUAUUUUUUCCUUUUUUUAAAAAAACACAUUGGUCCUCCGUGAAGCACUCGCCGAGAGGACAGAGCGACUUUUACUUUAAAAAUGGCGGACUCUGAAGUGAACCCAAAAGCCUAUCCUUUGGCUGAUGCUACUCUGACCAAAACAAUCCUGGAUCUUGUACAGCAGGCAUCCAAUUACAAACAACUGAGAAAAGGGGCAAAUGAAGCCACCAAAACACUGAAUCGGGGUAUUGCAGAGUUCAUUGUUAUGGCUGCAGAUGCAGAACCUUUGGAGAUCAUCCUACAUCUUCCCCUGCUUUGUGAGGAUAAGAAUGUGCCAUACGUGUUUGUGCGUUCCAAGCAGGCGCUUGGCCGUGCAUGUGGAGUCUCCAGGCCUGUGGUGGCCACGUCUGUCACCAUAAAAGAAGGUUCCCAACUCAAGCCCCAAAUCCAGUCUGUGCAGAUGGCUAUUGAAAGACUGUUGGUGUGAUCUGAAGGUCUAAGCUUUUUUGUUGUCUAAAAACCCUUUAGGGAAACUUUUUUUUUUUUUUUUUUUUUUUCUUUUUUUAAUGGCCAUUAAACUGAUGAGAGAGCUCAUUCUGAUGUACUUUGGUAUGUAAUGUAAUUUUGGUUGUUUUCUGCUAUUAAAC